ACACACACACACACACACACACACACACACGUGACCUAUCUUUCUCAGAAUAUUCCUGGAAAGUGGUGCGCUGCCUCGCUACAUGGGAAAUACAGUAAAAUAAACGUGGGAUCGAGGAGCUGAAUGAACAGUAUUUACAUUCGGAACCAGAGGACUCACAAACACUAGCGCCUCAUAAAAGCCAUCGAUUAGAAUCGGAUUCUUAGAAAUCAUUAAACAAAUACGAAACUCAUUCGUGGAUCGUUACGAGCACACGUAAGCCUGCGUUUCAGUGUGCGACACGAGGCUCGUACAGCUCGCCUAUUGUUUUGGUAAAUAUGAUUUCAUCAAUUAUUUUAACACUCGGAGAAAUCUCUGCUGAAGCUUAACAUAAACCUUUGAUUCUGUAAAUUGUGCUUUUAACCAAGAAGGAAUCAGCCGCCGUUCGAGUCAACGUGUUGGUGUGUAAUACGUGGAAACGCUGGUGUGGCUCAGCGAUGCAGCCGUGGGCUUUGUGCGUAAUGGAUAUUACUGAGUAGGUCUCCAAAGGACUAUCAACGCUGCGUAAAACGAGGCAUCGGUACGGGCCAUCACGCAGCAAAACACAGCUAGUUGGCCACAGAAAGGAACAGAUUUGGGCUCGUUUCUCAGGACCACGUCGAAGAUCUUGGAUGGGGCACACGCAGUGCAUCUCAAAAGCAACGGAAACUGAAGCACCUCCGACACACAGCGGCGACUGCGGACUUGAUGGCCCAGCUCCGACCCUGCCGCUGAGCUGCCGAGUGCCCCUUCCGAACCUCCGCGGGGAAAAGUGUCCCGCAGCAGGGGGAGUGCGGAGCCCUGAGCUGGAGCCCAGCAGGGAGGCUUCCACUCAUGACGCCGAGAGACUUCGGGGCGCUAUGACUCACCUUUAUGAGUCUGGCUGGUACUGGGGCUCGGUCACAGCGUCGGAGGCCAAGCGGCUUCUGCUGGAGGCCGUGGACGGGACCUUUCUUCUGCGGGACAGCUCCAACCCAGCCUACCUGCUCACCCUGUCUGUCAGAACCGCGCUGGGCACCACGCACCUGCGCAUCGAGUACGCGGGGGGCAAUUUCGGCUUCGACUCCGCCGCCGUGGCGCGGCCUCGGCUCCGGCAGUUUAAGGGCGCGGUGGACCUGGUGCAGCACUACGCCUUGGCCCACCGCCGGGAGGCGGAGUCUGGCCAUGCCCCUGCACAAGUGGGUCCGGAGACCCCGCUGCAGCUGAAGUUGACGAGGCCGCUCUGUAAAGCCGCCCCCAGCCUGCAACACUUGUGCCGUGUGGCGAUAAACCGGCACUCCCGCAACCACACUGCUCUGUCGCUGCCUGGCCCACUUACACACUAUCUGAUGGAAUACCCCUUCCUCCUGUAGCCAUGGCAACAGCCCGGCACUCAGCUCUAAGUAUUUCUUUUUUAUUUCAGUGUUUGUUUCAGAUUCGUAAAAUUUGAAUUAAAAGAUGACAAGGUCAGAUCAGUGCUGGUUUUCCAUCCAUCCUCCCCAUGGAUUUGUGUAUUUAAUGAUCAUAAAUCUGGGUUUAUAUAUGAGUAGCGAGUGAGACCAGUACUGCGGUUUUAGGGUUAACUCCACAGAAUAUCAUAAAUCUGACAGGACCAGUACAAUUAACAGAUUUAAAUAUGAGCUAUACAACUGUUGUGUGGUUGACUCGAUUAUGUGCUUGGCUAGAUUAUUUGCUUGGCAAGGAUGAGCCACAUAAUUGCUCAAAACCAGAUUUAUUUUUGGGGUUAUCUGGUCUUAUGUAUUACACAUUUCUGCAUAAGCCUAGCCUAAAUCAGGUCCCACAUGCUCAGAUGUGUGUUGGACAUCUGGAAAUAAUAUGGUUUGACUCUUCAUGUAUUAAUCCACUUUACUACAUUUUCAUUUUUGCACCUUUCUUCAUUUUUUUUAUUGUGGGGGAAAGCCCUGAACAUACAGGAAAAAUGUAAAUGCAUGUAAAAUGAAAACCAAAACAUGACAUACUGUUGUACAAAAGAAACCAAAGUUUCUGCUACAGCACAUGCAGUCAUAAGCAUUUGGUUUCCACACAGCCAAACCACUGCAGUGAAUCUUUUACAUUUACGUGACACUUUUAUCCAAUGGGACCUACAAUUAUAACUGAACACAACUUGUGUAAUUGAGGGUUAAGGGUCUUGUUCAGGUACCCAACAGUGGUGGGACUUGAUGUGGCAAGCUUCUGCUUACUACUCCAGUACUUUAACCACCAAGCUACCACUGCCCGGAUUUCAGGAUCUCAGAUUUUCGGAUCUCUGUUUUCAAACAGCAGGUUUUGUUUCUUUAGGGACAGUGAACUGUUUCAUUCUCCUGCUGUAGUUGACAUAGAGGAGUGUGAGAAUGGAAAUAAACAGUAAAGUAAGUGUGUGUGUGUGUGUGUGUGUGUGUGUGUGUGUGUGUGUGUGUGUGUGUGUGUACUCCUUAAACUUUAUUGAUAUAUAUUCUGUUUGGACUUUUUUUCUUUCUUGUUGUACCAAUAGUCAUUAUUUAGUGGCAUGGCCGGAAGUGUCAGUCAUGUAUAACUGCAAAACUUUUGUAUAAUGUGAAAACCCAAAAUUCCAAAAGUAGUGGCAGUAAAUAAUAGACUGGAAGAUUAAUACAUUUACUAAUACAAUGGAAAAAAUUAGACUUUUGCAUUUACCUGCUUGUGUUUGUUUGUUUGUUUUGUUUUCAAAUACAAAUAACUCCAUCUCUGUGGUCUACUUUAUUUCUUUUUUUACUGCAACACCUUUUCUUGAUUUUGAUAAAUAAAACUAUACCCUAAUGGACUGCACACACUAACCCUGCAGUCCGGGGAGCACACGGCA